ACGGACCAAGUUCAUCCGUCCGUUCUAACGGGUGGUCUUUCGUCAGCCACGAUCGCUAAAAUCCCCAGCACCAGGAAACUGGUCAUCACUCAAGUCAUAGUGUCAGAGUCCUUUUCUUCUUCAAAAUAUGAAGUAGAGUUGAAGGUUUACAAUCGUACAAGUGAUAUAUCAAGUAUUUGCAAUAAAUCCAUGUACUGGAAGUUGUAUUCCUUUUUUACCCAUCUAGAUUCUUGAGAAAGAAGAUGAAUUAUUGCACAUGGAAUUCAAGAACAGGAAGAGUUGUGAUAUAGUGGUGGACCCAUGGAGGUAAUUUCAACAAUUUCAUCAUCACCAUCAUAUGUUUUUACAUUGGAAUAUGGCCAUUGCAAAUGCUAUCACUCUUCCAAGAUUGUAGCCAAGAAGAGUAAGAAGCCCCAAACUCUUCAUCGUAAGGAUUCCGAGCCGUCUGCUCCAAGAAUUACAUCAAAUGUGAAGCAGAAUUUGCAGUUCUUAAGACUAUGGAAGGAUUUUCAAAAACGAAAAUCUAACACCCCAAGGCCUUCUACUAGUUAUCGCAAAAAGAAGGUUGAGAAGGAAGAAAUUCCUGAAGAAACGGAGCUCUAUCGUGAUCCGACUUUGACCCUUUACUAUACAAAUCAGGGUAUGGAGACUGCAAUCCCUGUCUUGCUUGUUGAUGGAUAUAAUGUAUGUGGGUAUUGGGAAAAGUUGAAGAAGCAUUUUAUGAAUGGAAGACUUGACAUUGCUCGCCAAAAGCUUAUUGAUGAACUGUUAACCUUCAGUAUGCUAAGAGAGGUAAAAGUGGUGGUCGUAUUUGAUGCCAUGAUGUCUGGCCUGCCAACACACAAGGAAAAUUUUUCUGGUAUUGACAUUGUGUAUUCAAGUGAAACCUGUGCUGAUGCAUGGAUUGAGAAAGAGGUGAAAAAGAUAAUCAAUUUUUUAUUUUAUUUUAUUUUAUUUUAUUUAUUUAUUUAUUUAUUUUUUAUUUUUUUUAAAGAAGUCCUGAUACAAGAUUUUCUUUCUUAGAAUAAGCUAUGUUGG